UGCGGAGUCUGUAAAAUGCCUGAACUCUGCCUGUUUUUUCUUAGAAAGGGGGUCCCUGUGUUUUUUUAUGGCAGACGGUGUCUCCCUGAGAUUCGGAGCCUGCCUCCCAGCUUCGUCUCCCUCACUGGUUUUUUUUUCCUCCCUUUUGCAGAUUAUGUUUACUUUGAGAAUUCCUCUAGCAACCCCUACCUCGUUCGCCGGAUCGAAGAGCUGAACAAGACCGCCAAUGGCAAUGUGGAGGCCAAGGUGGUCUGCCUGUUUCGAAGGCGUGACAUCUCCAGCAGCCUUAACAGCCUGGCUGACAGCAACGCCCGAGAAUUCGAAGAGGAGUCCAAGCAGCCCACAAUGUCGGAGCAGCAGCGGCACCAGCUGAAGCACCGGGAGCUCUUCUUAUCCCGCCAGUUCGAGAGUCUCCCUGCGACCCACAUACGGGGGAAAUGCAGCGUGACGCUGCUCAAUGAGACGGACAUCCUUGGCCAGUACCUGGAUAAAGAGGAUUGUUUUUUCUACUCACUGGUUUUUGACCCAGUUCAGAAGACUCUCUUAGCUGACCAGGGUGAGAUUCGGGUGGGCUGCAAGUACCAGGCAGAGAUCCCUGACCGACUGGCCGAAGGAGAGUCUGACAACCGGAACCAGCAGAAGAUGGAGAUGAAGGUGUGGGACCCGGACAACCCCCUCACGGACCGGCAGAUUGACCAGUUCCUCGUGGUGGCUCGGGCUGUCGGCACCUUCGCGCGGGCCCUCGACUGCAGCAGCUCCAUCCGGCAGCCCAGCCUUCAUAUGAGCGCAGCUGCCGCCUCCCGAGACAUUACGCUGUUCCACGCCAUGGACACCCUGCAGCGGAACGGCUACGACCUGGCCAAGGCCAUGUCCACGCUGGUGCCCCAGGGAGGCCCCGUGCUGUGCAGGGACGAGAUGGAGGAGUGGUCGGCGUCGGAAGCCAUGCUCUUCGAGGAGGCCCUGGAGAAGUACGGCAAGGACUUCAACGACAUCCGGCAGGACUUUCUCCCAUGGAAGUCUCUGGCCAGCAUCGUGCAGUUCUACUAUAUGUGGAAAACCACAGACCGAUACAUCCAGCAGAAAAGGUUGAAAGCAGCUGAAGCUGACAGCAAACUGAAGCAGGUGUACAUCCCCACCUACACAAAACCCAAUCCCAACCAAAUUGUCUCCGUGGGCUCUAAGCCUGGUAUGAAUGGCGCCGGCUUCCAGAAAGGACUGACCUGCGAGAGCUGCCACACUACCCAGUCGGCACAGUGGUAUGCCUGGGGCCCUCCCAACAUGCAGUGCCGCCUCUGCGCCUCCUGUUGGAUCUACUGGAAGAAAUACGGUGGCCUGAAGACCCCGACCCAACUCGAGGGAGCGGCACGCAGCGUCACGGAGCCUCACUCCAGGGGCCACAUGUCUCGGCCAGAAGCCCAGAGCCUCUCGCCAUAUACGACCAGUGCCAACCGGGCAAAACUUCUGGCCAAGAACCGGCAGACGUUCCUGCUGCAGACGACCAAGCUGACCCGUAUUGCGCGCCGGAUGUGCCGGGACAUCUUGCAGCCACGUCGGGCGGCUCGGCGUCCUUAUGCACCCAUCAACGCCAAUGCCAUCAAGGCAGAGUGCUCCAUCCGGCUUCCCAAAGCAGCAAAAACACCCCUCAAGAUCCACCCUCUGGUGCGGCUUCCCCUGGCGACCAUUGUCAAGGAGCUCGCUGCACAGGCGCCCCUGAAACCAAAAACCCCACGAGGCACGAAGACGCCCAUCAAUAGGAACCAGCUGACCCAGAACCGAGGCUUGGCCGGCAUCGUGAGCAAGCGAGCCUAUGAAAGUGUGGCAGGGGGCGGGCUCCCCUUCUCAGCCAACGGGCGGCCCAUGACUUCCGGAAUGAGGUCGAGCACUCAGCCUGCCAUCAAGCGCCAGAAGCUGAACCCGGCCGACGCCCCCAACCCUGUCGUUUUUGUGGCUACCAAGGACACCAGGGCGCUCCGAAAGGCCCUGAGCCACCUGGAGAUGCGCCGAGCUGCCCGCCGGCCCAACCUUCCGCUCAAAGUGAAGUCGGUGCUGCCCCUCCGGCCCGUGGUGGCUCCCCUGGUGCCCGUGCCCCCAGCCCAUCCUGCAAGCACCAGUGAGCCCAUCGUCCUGGAAGACUGAGUGCUGCCGUCUCUCUGGCACCCCUCUAGGAUCUCUGUAGCCAUCUCACCCCAGCACCAACGCCCCUUUUCUGUCUCCGAGGCCUGUCUGACAGAGGGAACUUUGGAGCUCCGCACGGCUGCCAAGCGUCUGCUGCCAUCAGGCUAGGCAGGAAGGGGGCAUCUCGUCUCACCCCCACCCCUCUGGUGGAUCCUGGGCAUCCACCUUUCUCCUUUUUAUAUAUAUAAAUAUAUAUAUUUUAAUUUCUACAUUUUACAUUGUUUUGCCCUUUCCCUCGCCCCCCGUGGACUUGCGCACAAUGCUGCUUCCCCCCCAUGGCAGCGGUAGAAAUUCAGGUUGCGCCCUCCUCUUUUUCCGGGGGUGAAAUACUGUAGGGGUGGCAGGGAAUCGGGAGAACGCAGAGUCCCUGUCCAAGGUCCUCCCAUCCCACCUCUAUGACUGCUUCCCCCUUUCCGUUUGUGUGUCCUCUUUCUUUUCUUUUUUGGGGGAGGGUGUGUGUGUGUCUUUUUUUUAAACUUGCUCUCUGGUCCCACAUACGCCACGUAUUUGGGAGAGAAGAACAAUCCCACUUCCUUCUUAACACGGCUACUCCUAGGCCCUCAAACCCCCCCCCCAACCUUUGAAGAGCCCAUUUUUUUGUACAUGGUUUGGAGAGGAAAAGUCAGUUUUUUUAAAGUCAGCCUCUGGUUCUUAUAGCAACAAAGAAAUAAAGAAAUAAAUGCUGUUUUCUUCA